UCUCGGUCCCCGCCUUGCUCGCUCUCUCGCUGGCUCCUCUGGCGCACGCUCCGCCUCCGCCGGUCGGCUAGGCUAUCCAGUGCGCGGCGUGGAGCCGGACCGGAGCCCGCAGCCUGCGGCCGGGGCUUAGCGCGGGGCCCGACACCGGGCUAGGCCCGAGGCGCAAUGGCAGAGAUGGGCAGUAAGGGGGUGACGGCGGGGAAGAUCGCCAGUAAUGUGCAGAAGAAGCUCACCCGCGCGCAGGAGAAGGUCCUCCAGAAGCUGGGGAAGGCAGAUGAGACAAAGGAUGAGCAGUUUGAACAAUGUGUCCAGAAUUUCAACAAACAGUUGAAUGAGGGCACCAGGCUGCAGAAGGAUCUUCGGACCUACCUGGCCUCGGUCAAAGCCAUGCAUGAGGCUUCCAGAAAGCUGAACGAGUGUCUGCAGGAGGUGUAUGAACCCGACUGGCCUGGCAGGGAUGAAGCGAACAAGAUUGCUGAGAACAAUGACCUGCUCUGGAUGGAUUACCACCAGAAGCUGGUGGACCAGGCACUGCUGACCAUGGACACGUACCUGGGCCAGUUCCCUGACAUCAAGUCACGCAUUGCCAAGCGAGGGCGGAAGCUGGUGGACUAUGACAGUGCCCGGCACCAUUACGAGUCUCUCCAAACAGCCAAAAAGAAGGAUGAAGUCAAAAUUGCCAAGCCUGUCUCGCUGCUUGAGAAAGCCGCCCCCCAGUGGUGCCAAGGCAAACUGCAGGCUCAUCUUGUAGCUCAAACUAACCUGCUCCGAAAUCAGGCGGAGGAGGAGCUCAUCAAAGCCCAGAAGGUGUUUGAGGAGAUGAAUGUGGACCUGCAGGAGGAGCUACCAUCCUUGUGGAACAGCCGUGUAGGUUUCUAUGUCAACACGUUUCAGAGCAUUGCAGGCCUGGAGGAAAACUUCCACAAGGAGAUGAGUAAGCUCAACCAGAAUCUCCACGAUGUGCUGGUGGGCCUGGAGAAGCAGCACGGGAGCAACACCUUCACAGUCAAGGCCCAGCCCAGAAAGAAAACUAAACUGUUCUCCCGACUGCGCAGAAAGAAGAACAGUGACAACGCCCCUGCAAAAGGGAACAAGAGCCCUUCACCUCCGCCGGACAGUUCCCCUGCUGCCACCCCUGAGAUCCGAGUCAACCAUGAUCCUGAACCGGCCAGUGUGGCCACCCCUGGGGCUGUCCUCCCCAAGUCCCCGUCUCAGCUCCGGAAAGGCCCACCAGUCCCUCCGCCUCCCAAACACACCCCAUCAAAGGAGGUCAAGCAGGAGCAGAUCCUCAGCCUGUUUGAUGACACCUUUGUCCCUGAGAUCAGCGUGACCACCCCCUCCCAGUUUGAGGCCCUGGGGCCUUUCUCGGAGCAGGCCAGUCUUCUGGACCUGGACUUUGACCCCCUCCUGCCUGUGGCAAGCCCCGUGAAGGCGGCUACACCCUCUGGUCAGCCGAUCCCCUGGGACCUCUGGGAGCCCACGGAGAGUCCAGCUGGCAGCUUACCUUCCAGGGAGCCCAGUGCUGCCGAGGGCACCUUUGCUGUGGCCUGGCCCAACCAGACGGCAGAGCCGGGCCCUGCCCAACCAGCAGAAGCCUCAGAGGUAGCGGGUGGGAUCCAACCUGCGGUGGGAGCCCAGGAGCCUGGGGAGUCGGCAGCAAGUGAAGCAGCUUCCAAUUCUCUGCCUGCCGUCGUGGUGGAGACCUUCCCAGCAGCUGUGAAUGGCACUGUGGAGGGAGGCAACGGGACUGUGCGUUUGGACCUGCCCCCGGGAUUCAUGUUCAAGGUGCAGGCCCAGCAUGACUACACAGCCACUGACACGGACGAGCUGCAGCUCAAGGCUGGGGAUGUGGUGCUGGUGAUCCCUUUCCAGAACCCUGAAGAGCAGGAUGAAGGCUGGCUCAUGGGCGUGAAGGAGAGUGACUGGAACCAGCACAAGGACUUGGAUAAAUGCCGGGGUGUCUUCCCUGAGAACUUCACGGAGCGGGUUCAGUGAGAGGUGGUAGAGCUCUCUGAGUGUGUGAAGAACACCUUUUCCCCAAAAAAUGUGUGUGUUUUUGUUUAUUUUAUUUUAUUUUUUAACUUUUGGAAAGCAAAGGGAAAUCGAGAGGAGAGACUAAGCCAAGAGGUGUUCUCCCAAAGAUAAGGUUGUUUUCCAAAGAGCCUGGUUUCGGCAAGUUUGGUCGAAUCACCAGUGUUCCUGAAGCUGCUGUGUCCCCUAGUUGAUUUCCUGGCUGCCCCUGCCCCUGCCAGCGCCCUUUGGGUGGCUGCAACUGCUUGUGCCCAGCUGAAGGGUGGGGCCUAGGAGCCUCAGAGCCACUGUGCUUGCCUGAAGCUUCGGCUGAGCCAUCUGGGCAAGGGUCCUCCUUCCCUGGCAGCUGCUGUGGGUGGGACCAGUAUCUCCAGACACCUUGGGACCCAGACAGCCAUUUGGCCUAGUCCUGCCCUGCAGACCGUCUGUGUGCUGUUUGGAAAUAAAUCAUAGUGUUCAAAACAAAAUGAAACAAAAACACUGAUAAAAGCACUUAGAAAA